CAUUAUCCGAGUUAGGUGUUUGCUUUCGAGCAUUAGUGAAAUCUAGUAUCAGCUUUUCGAUAUAGCGUUCAUGACGCAGAAAUUUACCAUCGACGAAAUUCGCGCCACACAUGUCUUCGAUCAUGUUGUACAUCCAUGAUAUUACUAGAUCCCGCAUUGGUACCGCGAAGCACAGGAAAAUCUCGGUAAAUUCUAGCAGUGCUUGGUGGAAUAGUUCUACACAUUUUUCGUGAAUAAACUGGAAGCCAACACUGGUAUGGUAGCUUAUUUGCGAGUAGAUAUCUGGUGCAAUCGAGAUAAUUUUCCUGCGCAUUUCGACUUCUGCACUUUUGUGUAUGGCAUAAGUCAUCAGUGAAUUGAUCAGUUUAAUAACGCACUCUUUAUUAACCAAAUCGGUGAACUCGAGUGGCACUGGAAUUGGUCUCCGUUCUGGCCUAAAAGCAGUUGAAGCAGCAACUGUAGUUAUUGGAGUAGGAGGAGCGACAGUAUUCGAAAGCCCUUGUUCGCGAUCGUGUACAGCUGAGCAGGAGUCAACAUUUAAACGCUUUUUUUAAUGUUCUGUCAAGAUUUGCUGAAAAUUUUGCUUCUGUUUCGCUGUUUGCCCACGGUAUAAAGACGUUCAUUACUCGCGCUGUUCUGCUAUUUGUUUACCUCGAUAUGGAUAAAAUAUAUAAAAAGUAUAAAAAAGUGGAGCGUAUCACCGAAAAUUGAUAAAAACACGUAAGCAAUAUGAAAACACUCUAAGGCAUUUAUAUUCCCAAACUUACUCGGGAAACAGCAAUUAUGGCUCAGAUUCCGAUUCAGUACCAGAAAAUUCUUCCAUUCGGCAAAAUGUUGAAACACACAAGAAUACACCAGCAAGUAUUAAUGAUAUUUUCAUUAACCUCGUCUCUGAAGUAUCUAAUGAUGACAACAAACAUAAACAACGAACAACGAACGAAACAUUUUGUGAACCACCAAACGAAUCGUCUAAAGAUUUAAGUGACUUUCAUAAUCCUCAGCACAGCAGUAAUUCAGAUGAAGCCCUACGAAUGUGGGCGCUUCGUCAUAAUAUAACUCAUCAUGCUUUAAAAGAUUUACUUAUAUUGAUCAAACAACAAUACCAUGACGACAACCUGCCUUUGGAUCCAAGAACCCUUCUUGAAACUCCACAAAGUACCGGUAAACUGUGCAUACCGAUAGGGGGUGGUAAAUAUUGGCAUCACGGAUUUAAAGCAUGUUUGGAGAAAUGGUUCAAAAAUUUAUCUACUGAUAUUAUGAUUAGUAUCAAUAUUAACAUUGAUGGUUUACCCGUACAUAAAAGCUCUAAGUUUCAACUUUGGCCAAUUUUAUGCAACGUUCAUGAAUUUCCUUACUUGCAAGCAUUGCCAAUAGGAAUAUUCUAUGGGAAGAGCAAACCUACAGACGUCAACGAGUUCCUAACACCUUUCGUAGAUGAAAUCAUUCCUUGUCUAGAAAAUGGCAUUGUCGUUAAUGAUCACACUAUCAGCAUAAAAUUGAGAUGCUUCAUCUGCGAUUCUCCAGCGCGAGCUUUCGUCAAAGGAGUCGUGAACUUCAACGGAAAAGAUGGAUGCCUGAAGUGUACAAUAAAUGGAGAGUAUUCUUAUUUGUCUCGCACGGUAGUGUUUCCUUCUCUCCAUUGUCCAUUGCGCACUGAUGCGAUAUUCCGUAGGAAAGGUUAUGGGAAGCAUCACACCACUCAGGAAUCACCUUUACAAAGAAUUCCAGGCCUCGAUAUGAUCAAGGAUUUCGUGGUUGCCGAUCCAUUGCAUCUAUUAGAGUUAGGAGUCAUGAAACGCUUAUUAACAGGAUGGCAAGUGGGUAAUCUAGGUUAUACAGGAAAAUUCAGUAGUCAUCAUAUACAACGGUUGUCAGCUGCAAUAGGAAGCAUAAAAUUACCGAAAGAAAUCCAUCGCAAAAUGCGAGGUACCGAUUGCCUACCUUUUUGGAAAGGCACAGAGUGGCGCACAUUUCUGAACUAUCUAGGGAUUGUAGUGUUAAAGGAUGUGUUGGAUGAAACAUUAUAUAAUCAUUUCUUACUUUUAUUUACGGCAGUAACAAUUUGUUCUACUGAUAUUCAUGUAGCUCUUCGACCUUUGGCACAAGCUCUUUUUGAAAAAUUUAUUGAGGAAUUCAUUAGAAUUUACAGUACAGUACAUAACCAGCAACAUUCACAAUCUAGAACAUAUUGUUGGAGAUGUGAACCAAUUUGGUUCCUUAUAUACUAUAUCAGCAUACCCAUUCGAAAGCUACUUAUUCCAAAUCAAAAACCUCGUCCGGCAGGGUAACAAUUGUUUAGAGCAAGUUGUAAACAGGAUGCUCGAGAGGAACGCGAUACACGAGAGAGGAGACAAAAUGUCCGAAAACAUUACUCCGAAAAUAAUCAGACGAGGAUCUUAUGUUCGCUGUGAAAUUAAAAACGAAUUUAGGAUUAGCAAUUCAUUUAAAGAUGCUUGGUUCUUAACGAAAAAUUUAGAGAUUGUAAAAAUGAUAGAUGCUACGACUGAUUGUAACGGUGGUAUUACUUUGCAUGGCUGUCCCGUACAGAACUACUCCAACUUUUUCGAGCUCCCCAUUCGUUCAUCAUAUUUGUAUAUUUUUCUAGUAAAAUUAUUUUUGAAAUCAGGUAAAACAUAUAACAUAAACGAUAUUACUUGCAAAUUCGUAGCGGUUCCUUACACACAAAACACCAUUGUAUUACUUCCACUUCUCCAUACAAUUUGUGCAGGAUAAUAUCAUGAAAUAUAUCAAAAAUCACAAUCUUAUUACAUUCAUAUACUUUUUCGUGAGACAGUCUGCAAACAUUUUUAUUACAUAAAACAAGGAAAAACAGUUAUAUAUAUGUACGAUAAAUAAAAAAAGCGCUUCAAAUAAUAUGUAAAUUAUGGAAAGAAAUAAAAUACCU